GUUCUUAAAGACCUGAGCUAAAAAUAGUUGAAAAUGACGGAAAACACAGAGGCGGCACGUCAUUACUUGUGAACACAGAGUGAAAUUAUGUUAUAGAGCUGAUGUGUCUUUUCUGAAGGGACGAUUGAUGUGUCAUGAAGAGGUGACGGCGUGUUGACCGGCGGCCAUGACGGACACAAACACCCGGUCGAGGCAGAGGCGGGAAGAAUGGCAGCGAGGGAUGGAUUAAAUUGAAAGUGGCGGAUGUCGACGGAACUUAAGUGGAACCUCUUCAGAAACCAGAUGAAAUAAGGAUGGGGACGUUUGUGACCCUGGCAGAAGUGUUGGAGGCCCGGGGUUCACCGCUGGAGGAGGAGGAGGUCUGGUGUCUGCUUCUGGCCACAGCUGACGCCUUACUGGACAUCUCCAAAAAGGGUUCAGGUAACAUGUGUAGCGUGCUCAGUCCAGGCUCAGUGUUACUCUCAGCCAAUGGGAGUCUUGCCUUCAAGAGCUGCGCCCGGUUUGAAGACGUGUCCUCCUUCACAGCUCCUGAAGUCCAACAGGGUCACGCCGCCUCCACCAGGACUGCAGCUGAAAAGAUGGUUGUGUACUCUCUGGGGAUGACUCUUUACUGGUGCAUUGAUUACCUCCUACCUCAAAAUCAGCCGGUCCAGUUGAGCACUGAGUUGGAGAGCUUGCUACUGAGCAUGUGUGAGGAAGUGGCGAUGAGGCGAACCGACCUACUGACAGUGAUGGAGACGUGUGAGCUUCACCACAAGGCAUCGACGCUGCCUCCAGCUGAACGGCUCAUCAGGCAGCUGGUGGAGGACGUCUUCAGGAACUCAGUUGAUCAUGUGUCCAUGGCUGAAAGUGGAUCCCAGCUCACAGAUCGCAGUCAGAUGGUCAGAGACAGAUUACACAGAGGCUCGUUCUCGAACUCAACAUGGGGUCUAAAGCAGAAGAUCUCCAGAACAUUCUCAGGAGCAACUGAACCCGCUGGGAUUUCCCCUGCAUCUCGACACCGGGACAGUUACUGCAGCUGGCAGCAGCUUCCACGAAGCCCCUACAUGGACGGAGGUCGACACGCCAACUUACGAUCAGUGUCGCAGUUUAAUUCUACGAUGAGUCUCAAUGAGAAGAAACUGAAGGAAAUGGGUCCUGAGUUUGUUCGGAUAUCAGAUGACCCACUGGUUGUGUUGGAGUUGCCUGGGUCCAUCGUGUCGAAGAAAGGGAAAUCUCCAACCACUCAGAGGGAGCUGAGCGUGGUGAUGCCCAACGGUCAGAGCAUCGUCAUCAAGUGUGAGGUGAAAUCCAGAGGAGGAGACGUCUUCGACAUGGUCGUGGCUCACGCCAACCUGGUGGAGCAUUUCUACUUUGGCCUUGCUUAUAUUGAUGAUAAUGAGUUUUUCUUUUUGGACAACGACACCAAGAUUUCCAAAGUUGCUCCAGACGGCUGGAAGAAAGUGCCUUCAACCACAUUUGUCCUUUUCUUUCGGGUCAAAUUCUUUGUGAAUGACAUAUCUCUACUAUUACACAAGCAGACCCGCCACCAGUAUUACCUUCAGCUUAGGAGAGACCUUCUGGAGGACCGACUGUCCUGCCACGAAGAGACGGCGCUGUACCUGGGAGCUUUAGCUCUGCAGGCGGAGUAUGGAGACUGCAUACCUGAGGUGUACGGUAGGAACUACUACCGGCCUGACCAGUACGUCUCCAAGAGUGUGAUGGAGAAACGUGCCUUGCCUUACAUUCAAGGGGAGCUGCUGAGGCUUCACACCAGCAACACUCAAAUGCUCACUGACGAAUCAGAGCUGGAGUUCCUCAAGGUGUGUCAGCAGUUGCCUGAAUAUGGCGUGUUGUUCCACCGUGUGACACGUGAGAAAAAGCCUUUCGAUGGAGCAAUCAUCCUCGGGGUUUGUGCCAAAGGAGUCAUCGUCUACGAGGUCAAAGAUGGCUGCCGAUCCACCUGCCAGAGUUUUUACUGGAGGGAGACGGCCACCAUCUCCUCUAAUAGGCGUAAAUUUGUAGUGGAGAGCCGAGGCAGCAAAAAGAAGUACACUUUCAUUACAGAGAGGUCCAGAAUUGCCAAAUACCUAUGUAACCUGUGUUCAGCCCAGCACAAGUUCAACAAUGAGAUGAACUCUCGUAAACUCAGCCACAGCCUUGUCUCAGAGGAGAACCUUGUGCAGUACGCAGCGGUGUGUCGAGCUCAGAGCAGCCGGAUGAAGUCCUUCUCAUGUUCUGAGACGCCACAGGAUGACAGUGGGCUGACCACGCCGCAGGACGAGUCCUUGACCAAGCUGUGUGAUGAUGUCACAGCCCGGAUCGAGGCCCGCAUCAAAAACCAGCGCCAGAGUUUCAAUGAGCACAGUACCUGCUCCAGUAGUCAGCGCAGCAGCACCGGUAUGCGUUCCCCAGCCUGUUCUCAGAGGAGUGGAUCCGAGGCCCCGUCUGGAUCCCCAGCAGCCAGAGAAACUCCGACCAAAAUGGGACCGUCCUCUGAGAGAGAAGUCAUAUGUGUUUCCUUAAAGAAAGACCCAAAGCUUGGCCUGGGCAUAGUGAUAGUGGGAGAGGACACAGUGGGCCGAUAUGACCUGGGUAUCUUUGUGGCUUCUGUUGUUCCUGGUGGACCUGCUGAUAAGGACGGACGCAUCCGCCAAGGUGGUCGCCUGAUCUCUCUGAACCACAUCAGCCUGGAGGGCGUCACGUUCAGCGAGGCAGCAGAGGUCAUGCAGAGCAGCCCUGAGGAGGUGCAGCUCAUUAUCUCCCAGCCAAAAGUCUCCCACAGCCCGAAUAGUGUACGCUCUCCCAUCAUAAGAAAUUAUGAAUCCCAGUCGAUGCUGAUGGGAGAGAGUCGAUCUGCAGAUGAAAGUUUGGACGAGAUCGUCUCGGUGAUGAUGACACCGAAGGCCAGCAACAGGCUGAAUGUGCCCCGUGAAGUACGCAUCCACACUGCCCAGGACGGCUGCUCUGUAUCUCCCCCUUCAAACAGUACAAGGCCAGAGGAGAUCACUGUGGAGCUCAGGAAGAUCUCAGGAAGUCUGGGCAUCAGCAUCUCUAGCGGUGUCAACACCAAUUUCCCCAAUGGAGGGAUUUACAUCAAGAGCCUUGUUCCAGGAGGGGCCGCUGAGAGAGAUGGGCGUUUACACACAGGUGAUCGGCUGUUGGAGGUCGAUGGGAUUAGCUUUGAGGGCUUCACCUACCAACAAGCUGUGGAGUGUCUGAGUAAAACUGGGGAGGUUGUGGCCUUGGUCCUGGAGAGGGAGUGGAGGAACCUGCCCAGGGUGUCUCUAAGUGUGGACCCCACCACCACCACCAGCACCAGCUGCAGCAGCAUGUCCACGCACAACAUCAGUCCACCCACCACUCAGCCCAGGGUCAACAACACGAGCAACACAAACACCAAAGCCAAAGAAUACAGCUUUGUCACUGACGAAGAUUGGAGAGGAAAUGCAAACAACACCCAAGAAGUCACUCUAACCAAGAACGCUGGCGGCCUGGGCUUCAGUUUCCUCAUGUGUGAGCUUGAUCCACCCACGCGGGACUUUGGCAGCCUCAUCCGGAUAAAGCAGCUUUUCCCUGGUCAGCCGGCAGAACAGAGCGGCAAGAUCCAGGAAGGGGACGUCCUUCUGGCAAUCAACGGACAGUCACUCAAGGAGCUGUCCUAUCCGAAGGUGCUAAAGCUGUUCAAGACGUCACCAGCGGAGGUCCGGCUGACCCUCUGUCGACCCUCCCCAGGGAUCCUUCCUUCCAUAGAUCAGCUGACAGGCACAUGAGUGAAGUCACAAUGUUCCAAAGCACCGUCAGUGAACUUUCAGAGGCAUCAUGGUAAUGAAACAGGAAGCCAGGAUGCACCCUGAGGAAAACGUUCUGUUCUAUGGACACGAGAGUCAAAAUGUGGAACUUCUAUCUGAACUCCUAACACUAAACAUGGGAACACAGACAGGGAUAGAAGUGGAGAGUAGAUAACACUGGAUUUUGAAGCAUCUGUGGGUGUGGAGCUGAGGAACUGUGCAGAGGAUGACUAUUUCUAAAGGUGAAAAGACCAAAAGAAGACCAAGCAAAAACCUCGCUGGUCAUCAAAAAGCUACAGCUGUGCAGAAGUCACCAAAGUAAAAGUAACUUUGAAAACAUUACUGUCUAUAAAUGAUGAAGUAUGUUGUGGAUUGCAUUUCUGAUCAUUAAAAUGAAAACACAACAUAACAUCUGCUUUCAAAUCACUAUACACUGAAUACAGUCCCUCAUUUUACCCCCCGCCCCCCAAAAAAAGCCAUUAAACUGAGUCUGACCUGAA